GUGUUCAUUUAGUUGCUGAUAACUGUCGAGAGAUUCGCACCGCAACCAGACGACACUUAUUUGUUCCCCAGCCAGGAGAAGACCGAAUCAUGGGAUCUGAAAUCGAGCUGACCUUCACCGAGGACCUCCAGCUUACGGAGGUCAUGCGUAUGCGUGCGCAGUCGCUGCAGCAGAAGGGUCAGAAAAGACAGGACGGGGAGAGGUUGCUUCUUCCUCACGAGGCCGUCUACCGCCUCGAAUUCGACGAGCAGGAGUUGACGUUCUCGCACUGGAACGUGACCUUGCGAGGAAACGGCCGUCUCACGGUCACGGGCAUCUCUCAGCUCUGGACGCCCGACUUGACCAACCUGAUGACCAGGCAACUGCUGGAGCCCAUCGGACAGUUCUGGAGGAACGCCGGGGAUCCGGAGGAUUCGCCCAUUAAAUGUCUCGAGGCGGACAUCCAAGAGUUCGGAGAGAGGAUAGCGGAGAUGGCGCAGGUGCGGAAGGUGAUGUACUUCCUGUUUGCUUACAAGGAAGGGGCUGAAAAAGACAAGAUCUCCUGCUCUUUGGUCUUCAACAAAAAGGAGUGACAUUAGAUUCCUAAAAGUCUAGCUUCUUUCUAUAAUGGUCAGUCACAUCUAUUUUCUUCUACCAACUAAUGAAAACCUUUAAUGUGUAUUCACUUUUU